GCCUCAGCUCGCUGCUGCGCGGGUGUGCGGCACGUCAAGCUGCGUGUGACUGCUGCGCGGCACGGCCUGGCCUGCAACUGUUCUGCGACCACCAGACGCAGCAGAACCGAGACACGGGCAGUGAGUGUGAGGGGAGGGGGAGUGCAGCUAUAAAUGCGCGGGAACGCUUACAUGUGUUCCAGAAAAACUGAUGAAUCGCUCAUAGUUGCUUUCUUCUGCGAGUGCUGCAGCACCUGUUUGUUUGGCCUCGGAAAGCCGUUAUUGGAACAAGAGAACUCGUCUGAGCUCGACAUUGAAGUAUCGCUCAACAUUUUUCCCUUUGAAAGUGUUUCGUGAGAUUUGCCUCUUACACAGUAUUACUUUUUACUUUUUUAUUGGCGUGCUUGUACAACACAAGAAAAGCUUCCAAAACGAUUUCACAGCUGAUUUUGUCUGUACCUCCUGGAUCCUUGAGUACCACAGCUUUGGAGGUUUCUUCACGCUGCUCAGUUGUCAAUGAACAUAUUUCUGAAAACAGUGAAAAAAUAUUCUCAGGCUUUGGUGUGUCAGUGUUGUGUACUGAAGCUGCUGUCAGCAAGACUGCGAGUUUAUACUCUUUUUUGUUUUGUUUUUUGUUGUCAUGCUUCCUGUCCUAGUGUCUUUCUCUGGUUGUGCUGAGUUUAUCUCCCUUUAUUGUCUUCCUGACCCCGAGCUGUGACCUGGGAGGAGAAAGGUCUUUACUUAGAACACAGCCCACAGCGACGCUUGGGGAGAAGGCUGACCUCCUGACCUCUUACUUGAAGGAACCAGUUCUAGCAGGAGAGGCAAGAGGGGGGAGUACAGGUGGGGAAUCGAUCCUGGACGUAGCCUUGCGUGCAAAGACUGUGUCGAUCCCGAGCGCAGAGCAAAGCUGUGGCUGACCCACAAUGGCACCCAGUGACCUGACAGGUCGGCCAAUUCUGCGGACAAGACGACAGUCGCCAGGAUGUAGAAUGUUCCAGAAAGAUCCUGCAUUCCGGUGGCUUCACGGGUGAAGGUUGACAACCAAGUGUCCACUGUGAUGGAGCCAGCACCGCGAGCUGUCACAGCCACCCGUAUGUUGUGUCUUUUGGGCAACAAAUUGUCGACAGGACUGAACUGCUUGUGUCUGUCCUAAGAAUUGUCAUUCUUAGCAAAAAAAUUCUUCGCCAACUCUGUCCUGCUUCUUGAACCCAUUCUGGCGACAAUGUCGGUAACCUUGACGAAUGUGUUUGGCGACAUCUAUCUCACAUCUUCAAGCUCAACGAACAAACUGCCCACUGCCCCUUCACUGGAAGCUCUCUUAUCCCCGGGAUUUCGGAACAACGACCUGGCCAGCAUGGGGCAUGGCUCCACCCUCAACACAUACCCAGCCGGGCAAGGAGGAAGCACGACCGAGGGGUCAUCGGCCUUUUUCACGGUGUGGGCCGUGGUGGUCCUGCUCAUGACACUUGCUGUCAUCACUGUGGUGGCCAAUGGCACCAUCCUGACGAUGUUCGUGUUGAGGAAGAGUUUGAGGAAGUGUAAGAACGUGUACAUCGCCAGCCUGGCGGCCGCUGACCUGGCCAUCGGCUUGACCAUACCUGUGGCCAUACUUGAACAGGUGGAGAAGAGGUGGACACUGGACGGUCUUGCUUGUCGCUUGUACCUGACACUGAGAAGCUCGCUGCUGUACGUGUCUCUGCUCAGCAUCCUCCUCAUCACCAUCGACCGCUGGUGGUCCAUCCACUACCCGUUCAGCUACCGGGUGCGGCAGAGCAAGCGGCUGGCUGCCUGUGCGGUCGGCCUGGUGUGGGUCAUCAGCUUCGCCGUUCAUCUCCCGCCCAUCCUGUUGUGGGGCGACGUCUUCGGAACCACCACCAACAUCAGUGACGACCACACAGUCGUGGGUAUGCUUUCGUCUGUUAAAUCCUCACCUCAGCUUCCGUCUUCGCUGUCGUCACGUCAGAACCCCUCGCCACUGCUGUUCGCAUUGACGACGACAACAACGACUGAGUCCGCAUUCCCCCAACAUCGUCCCGUCGACAUCGAUGCCAGCUACAACCACCGCAGUAACAAUAAAAACAGUGAGUCGACUCGCGGCUACAGCGACUUCUUCAACGCCGGCCGGCGGUGUGAGUUGCCCUACGCCUCGCACUUCAGCGUGGUGCUCACCCAGUCCGUGCUGCAGUACUUCUUCCCCCUGCUGGCCCUGUGGGUCCUCAACUCCUCUCUCUACUUCAAGAUCACGCGCCGGAAGAGCAUCAAGAUCCGGCGCUCACUCAGUGUCACCGACCAUCACCUCCUAACGCUCCGGAAGUCGUCGUCGGAGUCGGAGAGCUCCCCCAACGGUAUGGACAGCGAGUCGCUGGAGAUCCCUCGCUCAGAGAACCGUCAACGUCUGCUGGCGGCCGCUCGCGCUGGCAGGCGCCAUACUUACCAGUUCUGCAGCAACUCCAUCCGGGGUGGAGGAGGUCUCCUCGGGGGUGUGGCCUACCACGGUCAGAGCUCCCACCGCCCGAUGUUUAGUCGUCGAACCUCUCUGCAGGACGCCCUGCCGGGUGUGGGCACCAUGGCUGCCCUGGCAGGAGCAGUGCCCUACCUCCCACGGGUCACGAGCUGCCAGAAAUUCCUGCAUAACGGUUCCAGCAGCUUCCUGGCGGGGUCAUCCAGUGCAGGGCCUCGAGGAAGCGCCUUGUCUGUGCGCAAACAGAGUGACGACCUGGUGAAGGAGCUGCUGGUGAGGCAGGACAAGAAGGCAGCCAGGUGUCUGGGGCUGCUGGUCACCGUGUUGACCAUCUGCUGGCUCCCCUACACGGUCAUGGCCGUGUUGAGGUCUACCAACCCUUUCACCAUCACUCCCUGGGUCCGGGACCUUCUCUUCUGGGUCCUGCUCACCAACUCCGCCAUCAACCCUUUUCUCUAUGGACUCCUGAAUGCCGAGUUCCGGAAGAUUCUGUACGCCUGGUUUUAUUUCCGACGGCGAAAGAGGUUCAGACUGAAACAAGCUUUGCUGUACUGGAGCCUGCCUCCCAGACUGGACACCGACAGUGUGAAGGAGAAACCACACUUGUACUUCCGCACCAUCAGAGAGUGAAGUAAGGACGAAGACAAUGUCUGUCGGAGAGAAACUUUCUAUCGGGACCAGUACAUUAUCUAAACCUCGGUUACUAGACUUCCAAUGACCUGGAGUCUGCGGAUAGCAAGCUAUUUGUGGUGGAAAAUGAUUUGUUUGGCUGGCUGAUGACCCCAACAUGUUAUCAUACGAGAGUUGGAUGCAGUGGUCAUGAUUUAUGACAAUCCGUGAUUACAGAACAUUUUAGAAGAUCGCUGCACAUGUUUGGACGAAAAUAAGAAGCUUUCAGAGACAGCAUGGACCCGAGGCUAUAUUUAGUCGCUUGAGAUUUACGAGGUAAAACCUGAUAAAACUGUCAUUGUGAUUUCUUGCUGUGAAAAGAAACUUGCUGGUUCAGGACAAGGGGUCUUAUUUAUAACUUAAUGUUUACUGCGACAUGUGUCACACCCACAUCCUUCUGGAAAUUUAUAUUUCAAAUUUUUGUUCUCGUCGUGUGGUAACUCAAAGUCAGUAUUGUAUUUUUAACGGUUUUAUGAUUUGAAAUUUCUGAAGACUGUUUCGACUUGUGGAUAAAUCAGAUCCUUAUCUAAACCCUUCGCCAUGUACCUUGUAGACAUCCAGAUGAUUUGAUGUCCACCCCAGGUUGAUGGUCGUUAGGUGUUGUUGAGUUACAGACGCUGACAUGCACAAAUUUUGUUUGGAUGCUUUGUCUUACCACAUUCUCAUGUCCACCCGCGACAGAUAUUGGUGACUGUGAUGAACUGACAGCCUGGCAACGCCGUCUGGUGGUUGUUGAUAACUGGAAACGAUGAGGAGAUAACUUGUUGGAACUUUUGUACUGUGAUAAGACUUUAUAUCUGGAGACCCUUCCGACCAAAACGUAAAAUAUUUACGUUAGUUACAGUUAUUUAUUAGUUGGUAUCCUUGUCAAUGUGCAUCAUGGGUAAUUAACAUUUAUUCAUGCGCUCGUCCCUUCGCUUUAUCUUUCUGUUGCUCUGUUGACUGAAUGUCCUGUGCUCGCUACUGUGACAAACAAAACUUUCAAACUCUUCCGUCUGUUCCUGGCAAUCUCGUUUUAUUUUCAGUUUUUUGUUCUUCGAGCUUUACACAUAUCUUGAAAAUGGUUUUGUGGUCGUGACAAAUCCAACUUUUACCUAACUUUAUCGUGAUUCUUUUAUCGACAGUUUUUAUUUCAGUUGUUUCACUGAUGUUUUGUCGAAUGUUUUCUUCCGAUCUCUCCUUUGUUAAUGUUUGUUGCUUCAUUCUCAUGUCACGUGACCUUAAAGAAACUCGGAAAUGGUUUCGUCGUGGUCGAUGUCUUAUCUGCAUCAUUGGUCGGAAACUUGCCAUACCGGAAGUUGGAAUAUGUUCAAGCGAGUUAUUUCCCUUGCGUGAGUGCAGGCCAUCAUGCAGUGCUUUCUCUGUGUACAUAACUGGGUUGUGAGAAAAUAUGUUUGACGAUGUUGCCAACAUACCAUCUAUCACACUCCUCAGGUUGGGGGUGAGAUGAAGUUUUCAUGAUGUUGUAGCAGGUGAUGUCUAGGCCUCGAUGAAUUCUAGAGUUGUUUCUUAUUGCGGCAGUUUGUAGUGACAUCACACAGAUAAACAAUUAAACAGUAGGAGUUUGGCCGAUUCUACCGACCACUACUCGGGGGAACACACACACAAACAGAUAGACAGACAGACAGACAGACAGACAGACACACACACAAUGCGAGUAUUCAUGUGUUCGCGGACCUCAUCAACUGGCCAUGAAUACACUGCUCGGUCAGUUAUUAAGUUAGGUAAAGGUUUUACAAAUUUACAAAAGUGUUAACAGAAGAUUGACGAACUGAUGCUACAUCAUUACUCAUGCACAUUGCGUCUAAAUUAUGAAAAUGAACACAACAUAAAGAUGGCUGAUUCACAAGUGCCACCCUGUUUUAUUCACUGCCAAAGCUAAAUACAAAACAUCAUGCGCGUCUGUAUUAAACAUUUCUAUUAUAAGGCCACAGGUGGAGGCGGGACCUGUACGCUGUGUGCGUAGCGCGCUUCAAUCAUAAUAUACACAUCUGUCUGUCUGUCUGUCCGUGUGUGUGUGUGCUUGGAUGAGAGAGAGUGAGUGUUGUAUGAGGUCGUGUGUGUGUGUAACGCGCUUCAAUCAUAUUAAUAUCCCCAUUCGUGUGUGUGUGUGUGUGGUUAGGUGAGAGAGAGUGUGUGUGUGUUGUAUGAGAUAUGUUGUGUGUGUGUACAAGUCUGCUUGAGUGAAAUGACAAGACGAGGUCUUUGUUGUCCUUUCCUAGCUCAUAAGGGACGUAACCACUGCCAUGGGUACAACUUUUGUUGUGAAUUAUCCCAUGCCGUGCACAUUACCCUCUGACCCUUACCCAUUAUCCCCAUCCUGUGUUUCGCUGGUGAAAUGCAUUUCGAGUUUCAUUAGCACCGCUUGCACUCAUUAUCGCUGUGAAUGACCUCGCGACCUGUGAUACAAUCUCAUUGUUUCAUGUUACUGAAUGUCACAAGACUGUAACACGUGUUUGACAUGGCUGUACCAGGUUUUUAUCAACACAUCUGAUGGAACUGUAUGUAAAUAUCGCUUCGGUUGUCUUAUAUUUUUGUAGUGGACUGUCAUCGUGGGAAUCAAACGCUUAUUCCAGAUCAUGUGAUCCACUCGAUUCUGUGGCAGUCAAAGAAUGUUAGUCAAAAUCUUUAUACUGGUUAACUAAUAUCCCAGUUCUUGAACAAACACCAUGAACAUUAGGUAUAUUCCAAAUAAAAUCUUCAAGAACAAAGCAAA